AGGUCAAUUUGGCGCGAGAGUUUGUUUACAGUUGCAAUCCUUGCACUUUGUGUGUUGUCUGUGUCAUCCGGGGAAGGAUUUUCCUGAUUUUCCAACAAAUCUGACGUACAAUUAAACGUUUUGGUGCUUCUGUCCAUUCCGCGAAUCCACGCAACGUCCGUGGAUUGAUUGGAAAGUUUUUAUUUAUUUUGACAAAAUGCAAACAGAGGACAUGUCUCUGGAUUCAGCCUCGUGGGAAUCCCUGUCUCCGGGGGCAAAGGAGCGAAAGAAGGCCCUGCUGGAGAAAUCGUGGGUUGAGAUGUUUGAGGAGGAGGAGAAUGCAAUGAAUGCAUCAUUGAAUGCAGAACGAACUGUGGAGGAGGGAGAAAUUUUGGAUGACACAAAAGAAGCUGCUGCCACGGCUGAAUGUCCCGAUGAGGACAUUCUGGACAUUGAUGGGGAAUCACAAGAUCUCCCCGAAGAGGUGCGAGAUAUUGAAAUUGACUUCAUUGAGCGGAAGAAUGAGGAGAAAUUCGAGAAACUCGUCAAGGAAGAAAAGAUCCGGACGCCGUUCAAGAGGCGUUUAUCCGGGGAAUCCGUGUCAGAGGAAUCUGGGGAGAGUGAAACAAAGCGAAUGAAGGAACAGCGUGUUCGUUCAUCGAGCACCAGCUCCGGAAGUACAAACAAUUCCGGAAGUGCCAAAACGAAGGAAUUUGAGACUGAUCCGGAUGUACUGAUGCGACGUCAGAAGCAAAUUGACUUCGGGAAGAAUACCAUUGGGUAUGAUAACUAUGUCAAUCAAGUGCCAAGGGAGGAACGCAAAGCCACGGAUCCCAAUACGCCAAGGAAGAAUAUCAAGUACAGCCGUCGAGCGUGGGAUGGAUUGAUAAAGCAAUGGCGGAAGCAACUACACGCAUGGGAUCCAGAUUCUGGGAAGCGGAAGGAUGAGAGUACAGACACCAAGGAAGCCUGAGGCACAACCAAACGACCAUAGAAUAAUUUUACAACAAAAAACUGUAAUCUUAAAUUUAUUUCUCCACCUGAAGGCAUUGAAUUUGUUUGAGAAUCUC